AUGUCCAAGACCCACGUAAGCACAGUGGUCAAAGGCAGCAUGGGGUAUAUGGAUCCGGAAUACUAUCGACUUCAGCAGUUGACUGAAAAAUUCGAUGUGUACUCUUUUGGUGUAAUGUUGUGUGCAAGACCACCGUUGCUUUGUACGGUUGGAAAGAACCAAGUGAGCCUGGCGCAUUGGGCUCCAGAGUGUUAUCACAACAAAAUGUUUGAUCAGAUUGUUGAUCCGUUUUUGAAGGGUGUGAUCACGCUAGAGUGUCUAAAGAAAUUUGGUGAGAUUGUGGUGAAUUGUUUGCUUGAUGAUGGAACCGAAAGGCCAUCCAUGAACGAGGUAGUGUGGGGCCUUGAGUUGGCAUUACAAAUGCAAGAGAGCACCAACUAUAUCAGUUUUCAUGGAGAAAUGAACGGACCCCUCUUUCAAGAGUUGGCAAAAGGUGACAGUGACAACAUGUUUACAUUUAGUAGUGAAGGGGCAUUGAAUGCAAAAAGUACCGGUCCGAGCAUGAUAGAAAAUUUUGCUAAUAAGGAUUCUGAUUGUUUGUUGCCUAAGACUGUGUAUUCUCUUAAUGCAUGGUUGCAAGAGGAUGAUGAAAGAAUAUGA